UUUCACUUUCCAAAAAAUCCCCCCCAAAAUCUCCAAAAACCCUUCUCCAAUCUUCGCGAGGAAGCCACCUCCCUCCUCGCCGCCGGCGAUCGGCGAUCGCCUCCGCCGGCGACGGCGAUGGUGUUCCUGCAGCGCAAGCGCCCGCCUCAGCCUCCGCCGCCACCCUCCCCUCCGAACCCGCCGCCGCGUGCUCCGCGGGCCACGCGCACCGCCACCCCCGACGACGCCUCCUCCUCCUCCGCCGUCGACGACGCGGCGGCGCUGCUCGCGGAGGCCGGGUGCACGCUCCUCGUCCCGCUGCACCAGCCCCCGGCGCUCCCGUCCCCGCUCUCCUUCGCGCCGCGCCUCGCGCGGGCGCUCGCUGCCGCGGACGCCGCGCUCCGGGACCGUUUGCUUGCUGGGCUCGCGGCCUUCGCCGAGUCCCCCGCGCGGCUCCGCCAGCUGCUCCUCCCGACCUCCGCGGCGCACUCCCCCAGCCUCGCGCGGGCGCUCCUCUCCGUCCCCGCGCUGCAGCCGGGUCUCCUCGGUCUCCUCCUCGACAAGCUGCCCGAGCACUUCGACAACGUGCUCGACGGAAUGCCCCUGCACGAUGACGUUGGGAGGCUCAUCGUCGCGCAGUUCCGGUGGCUCGAUUUCCUCGUCGACGCUGACGCCUUUGUUGCCAAGCUUAUGGAGGUUUUGUCGGUGGCGCCACCGCGGCUGAAGAAGGAGAUCAUUGGGUCGCUACCGGAGAUCAUAGGCGACCAGUGCCAUGCCACCGUGGUUGCGGCGCUGGAGAAGCUGCUGCAGGAGGAUUCGGAGGUCGUGGUUUCUGCGCUUGACGCUUUGUCUGACCUUAAUUUGAGCGAGCAGUUACAGGAGCAGGCUGUGACGGUUGCAAUCUCUUGCAUCCGGACAGUUCAUGCGGACCAAAUGCCGCACCUGCUCAGGUUCUUAUUGUUGUCGGCCACGCCGUUCAAUGCGGGGAGAAUUAUAUCGCAGAUCCGCAAGCAGCUGAAGUUUGUCAGUACGGUGGAUCCACGGGCUGCUCGGGGUAAGAAGCUGAAAGGGAAGGCAUCGGCCAACGGUACUGAUGGGGCAAUCCUUGAUGCCUUGAGAUCGGGCCUCCGUUUUAAGAAUAUGCUUUGUGAAGCUUUCUUGAAAGAGCUAAAAUCAGUAGAUAACCCGAGGGAUCACAAGGUGAUUGAUGUGUGGCUCAUCAUGCUCAUCUAUGGUAAUGGUGGUGCUCUACAGAAAAGUGCUGAGAAAAUAUUGAAAUCCAAAAUCUUACAAUUGUGUAUACGAGAGACACUGUUUGAUCAAUGCAUUCGUGGGAAUACUGAAUUGGUAAAGGACCAUUUCGUGUCAUACCUCUCAGUGAGUGAUUUCCUAUUGGCUUGCAAGGAAGAGAAAGCAAGAGAAUUUGCAGCCUAUUUGUUCACAGCAUUGUUUGAAGAAUUCAGUGAUACAUUUUCCAGGCAAGAGCUCAUAGGUUCGUUGAUCGCUCAUAUAGGUUCUGGGGUUAGCCUCGAAGUUUCGUCUGCUCUGGAUAUUAUGAUUUCUCUGACCUCAGAUAAGCCUGAGGAAUUGAUCCCUCUAUCUUCACAUAUUACUGGCAUAUUGGAUUACCUGGAGAGUUUUCAUGAAGAUAAUCUCCGAAAGGUUUACGAGAUCUUCUGUCAUUUGGCACUGGCUGCGGGUUUCAAUACUGGUUCAGGGGGCUCUUCUGUUGCUAAUGAACUUCUAAUGGUUGUGAGAAAGCAGGUUAGUAAUCCAGAUAUGAAGUAUAGGAGAAUGGGAAUAAUUGGGGCUUUAAGGAUAGUUUCGACUAUUGCAGAUGUGAAUGCUUCUAUGAACUGCUCAUCAUCUCAGCAACCAAAUUAUGAUGAAGCCCUGGAACUUCUGAAAAUGGCUGUUAACUCCUGCAAGUUUGUGAUGUUGCCAUUGAUUCUUCUUUAUGACGAAUUAGCUGUUUUAUUGGAGAACAGUAGUCUUCACUCCGCAAUUGUUGAAUGGGUCGGGGAACAUGUCGCAGAAUUUGACACCGUUUUUCUUGCUGAUCUUGACGAUGGCGAGCUGUCAAAAAAAUAUGUAUGUGAUGGCAUAGAAGGGGAAUUAUGGAUGAACCUGGAUGGAAAUAUCUCCCCAGUGUGUGUAAACAUUAUUCCUCUAGUCUCCACCUCGCCACAAAUGUUUCAGACCUGUUUGCAGAUUCUCCCUUCCCAAUUUUCACUUCUAACUAUUAUUGAACGUCUUGGAAAUCAAGGCUCACUUGGUGGAAUAAAUGCUGUACUUGGCUGUCCUUUGCAUCUUCCCUCUACAAAGUACCUCGAUGGAGCUAGAUGGGGAAGCUUGUCAGCAAUGCAGAAAAAAACAGUGUGCCAUUCACUGUACUAUGCAAUAAAUUGGAUCAGGGAGCUGCUCAAUGCUUUCAGCACACAAGUUGCAACUAGGGUUGAUAAUGUUUCACAAAGGGCAAGGAAUGAGACAGCUGUCAAACUUCUGAUGCGUCUGAGAAAUCUAAUAUUACUUGAGGGCUUGUUGAAUGCUUAUCUCAAAAUUCAUCCUUUAUCUCUGCCUGAUCUGCGCUAUGUUGGAGAUCAUGGGUCAACUAGCACCAGCAAGUUCAACCUCCCAAAAAACAUGGGAGACCAAAACAUGGAGGGUAAUGUUUCCAACAAAAGACAAAAAGGCCAUAAGGACAAAGCAUCAUCAGAGAAAUCAAAUUCUGACGAGAAAUUUAAGCAACCUACGAUACUGGAUGCUUUCAAAAGAGCAGGCGUAACUAUUAGUCAAGAAACAAACAGAGAUUCUCAACCAUCGCCAAGUGGAAUGAUGUCAAGGGUUACGGAACAUGAGACAAAUAAUCCUUGCAAAUUUGGGAUUGUAGAUCUAAUGGCUGCACCAGCUCAGCUGGAUAUGCAAAGAUUCAAAUUCAGAACUCUACAUGCAACUUGUCUAUCCUUGCUAAACUACUCAGAGCCUCAGGAUACAACAGUUUCAUACAAUGAAUCUGAGAUGCCUCUAUAUGUUUAUUUGCUCCGUGAACUUCAGAACAAACUAGACAAUCUAUAUCCUUCAAGCAAGCCAUUUUUCAGUUCUUCUCAAGGGAAAUCUACCCAAGCUUAUUGCCAAAAGAGCAUGGAAGAAUUUCUCAACAAAAUCCAGCCACUAUUCUCAAGUGUAAGAAAGCAUCUAGAUGGAGCAGUUUCCAUGAUCAAAGAUGGAUCUGACAGCUGCCCAGACAAUUGGAAUUCACAUUCAGCUUCAGCAGGAAACCCAGACAUACCUUAUGUGGUGGUCUUGAAGUCUUCAGUAGCAACCUCAGUAUUUAAGGAGGUUCUCGGCUGCUAUAGGAAGUUACUUGGCAUUCCAGAUCUAUUGAAUCAAGCAAAUAUAUCAGUUCUGAAGGAACUACUGCAGACCUUCCAGCCAAGUGAAAAUUUCGAUGAAGUCCUUGCUGAGUUUCGUCCAUCUCUUGUCCCUAGCAAUCUUGAUUACCUUUACUGUGGGGCAUACACAAUGUUUGCGGCUAUUUUGGAUAUUGUGUGCUCAUUCUCAUACCUUUUGGCUUACGAUGUGUUGAUUACCAUGCAAUCAGUUUUAAAUUCCGUUAUCAUGCUGUUUGAAAAAUCUGGGGAACAAAAUGGGAAGAACUUGCACAUGGGAUGCUCAAAAGAGAUAAUUCCUUUUUUACGAAAACACCUGGGGCUAUCAGCUCGUAAGCUGCUAACCUCUGAUCUCCCUAGUGAAGAUGCUGAAAAUGGAUGGCAGAGUAAAGGUGAUCUCAUACAGAAGAUAUUACAAAUAUACCUCAAGAAUAGUGACUCCACUUCAGAUCUGCUUGAUGAGCUGGCUUGCUCAGUGUUGCCUAAGGUUCCUUCAUUCAAGACUGGAAGCACCCAAGAUAUGUCACAUGGUUUUCCAACAUUGUGCGCUUCCACUAUCCUCUCCUGGUAUCGUGUGGUACACGAAGAGAAUACUGGAAAUUUAAACAAGAUGAUCAAGCAAGCCUUGAAGACUAAAGCACAAUCAGAAAGAGCAGUGGAAACUUCACUGGAAGAAAUUCAGAAAUCAGUACUUGUGUUUGUUUCUCUAAUAAACAUGUGCAAGACUCACGAAAAGGUUGUUAUGCAUGCAAUGGCAGUUAAACAUGGGGGAAGAUUUGUCGAUACAUUUCUGAAAGCCUUCAACUUCUUGGAGACACAUUUCGGUCAACAUAAUGAUAUUAUACUUCAGAUGAUAAAAUCACUUCAGAAAGCUACAAAAACAAUCCAAACCAUAUGUGCAGAGGCUAAGGGCCACAAGCGAACAAUGAUCACAAGCAAGAUACCUGUUGCGAAGAGAUCCCUGGAGCGUUUCGUAUUCCAAGUGAAGGCGCUCCUACACAACUGCUCUACCGAGGAGACUUUCUGGAUGGGCAAUCUGAGGCAUAAGGACUUACAGGGUCAAUUGGUGAGCUCCCAGGUCUACGGCAGCGUCGAUGACAGCCCGAACGAUGAGCAAGAACAGAUGGAGACUGAUCCUGAAACCCCAGCUGACGAAAACGCCAACGCCAUGGACGAAGAUGCGGCAGAAGACAGCAACGAGGCACCAUUGGAGGAAUAGAAUAGCAUAGCAGCAUCAGCAUACAUACAUAACCAACCAAUCAAUCAAAAUCUGUGAAUAUCUCUCUUCUCCUAACCUGACACAAUUUUGCCCCAAAAUCACUCUGUUUAGCAUGUGCCAAUGCAAUGAAAUGCGUAGCCUCCCCUCCCAUAGGAAAUUGAGA